AUGGUGGAAACUGGACUUACUUCUUCGACAAGUCCAAGUCGUCAUGGCCAGAAGAUUUCGUUUGAGGUUCCACUGGAUGAAUUCUCCGUGUUCCUCAAGGAUGGCACCAUCCUGUCCCUCAACAUGUCCCGCCCGGUUGCCGGUCUUCCUCGCGUUUCCGACGGUUUGACGCAUGUCGUUAUUCGCCCGUCCUUCUCCGACACUAUUGAAGUGCGGACGCCAAGCUACGGCGCAGCUGCCGGUCUCGGGCACUCCGCAUCUUACGUCGCCACUGGCAAUCGGGUGUACGUGAUGGCAUCGGCGCACACGACAACGGAGACGUCGUGGCUGCUGGUGGACGUGGACGAGCCUGUCGCCAUCACACACACGCACAACCAGCAGCGCUUCAAGCGUAUGGCCUCGGGCGCGGUCGAGGCUGAUGCCGCCACCGAGCCCUCCUUUGCUUACAACGCAGCGGCUCGCACGCUCGUUGUUCACCCGAAGAACAUCGACGCAGGCCACCACGUCGCCAUCCAGUUCUGA